AUGGAUUUAAGAAACACAAGGAUGAUAAGGGCAAAAGAAUUGCAGGAAAAAAUGAACAAAAUAAUAGAGAAACUGCAGAAUGAGCACGCGUACACCUUGGGAGAGCCUCUCGUCGACGAAGAAGGAUACCCAAGAAACGACAUCGACGUGUAUUUAGUCAGCAAGCUCCUCGCAGAGUACAAAGGCAUCCUCAAAGAGUGGAAGCCGCUGAGAAAGAUGGUAGAGGAAGACGUAUUUAACACUCUAAGAGCAGACAGAGAGGAAUGA